CGAAUGUUCCCGUACAAACCUUCACUUUGACUGUGACGACCUGAAGAGAUGAUCAUAUUCUCAACUGAAAAUGGAUCUUCUUCUGUUCAUCUUUGUGUCCCUCAUUUUAAAUAUAUCUGACGGGUUCACAGUGAAAGGUCCCUCUGGUCCUCUAGUGGUUCCUCUGGGAGGUUCAGUGGUUUUGCCCUGUUAUGUCGACAAACCCUUAAGAAUGGAGGAUCUGGAGGUGGAUUGGAGAAGAUCAGACACAGAGACUCUGGUUCAUCUGUAUCAAGAUGGUGAGAGUCGACCAGAGGUCCAGCAGCAGGAUUAUCAUGAUAGAGCUCAUUUCUUUACUGACCAGAUUCAACAUGGAAACUUCUCCCUCCUGUUGAACAAUGUGACAGCUGAAGAUGAGGGAAAGUACAGAUGUAAAGUUUUCAGUGGGCAGGAUUCUGGUGAAACUGUGGUCGAAAUAAAACAUGUUGAGCGUUUGAUAGUCUCGGGAUCAGAUCACUCCAUAUCUGCGUAUGCGGGUGAAGACGUCACUCUGAACUGCUCUGUGGACUCUCACAUCACACCUGAAGAGAUUGAAGAGCUUUCAUGGAAGAAAACAGAUAAAGAUGGAGAUAUUCUGGUCCUGCUCUACCAAAACAAUGAACCUUUACCCGAAUCAUCACAUGAGCAAUACAUAGACAGAGUUGAGUUCUUCACUGAUGAAAUCUCCAAAGGAAACUUCUCUCUCAGACUGAAGAGUGUCAGAACUGAAGAUAAAGGAGUUUAUAUGUGUCAAGUGUUUGCUGGAGGAGUUUCAGCCAACACAACUGUAGAACUGGAACAACUGGGUUUGUCUGGUUUACACAUAAUGGUGUUGAUUCUCUGUAUCACUGCUGCUGGAGCUGCACUUGUGCUCUGUUUAAUCUACUUCACAUCACAGAAAAAAGGGUUCAUUGUGAAAUAUAGUACUGAUUAUUCUCCGGGACGUCCAUUGGUUCUGCCCUGUUUCAUUGAUCCUCAUUUACUGAAGAAAGAUCUGAAGGUGGAAUGGAGAAGAUCAGGAGAUAAAUCAGAUUUAGUUUGUCAGUAUCCAGAUAAUAAGAGUCGACCAGAGGACCAGCAGCAGGAUUAUCAUGAUAGAGCUCAUUUCUUUACUGACCAGAUUCAACAUGGAAACUUCUCCCUCCUGUUGAACAAUGUGACAGCUGAAGAUGAGGGAGAAUACAGAUGUACCGGAUACAGCAAACGGGGUUCUGUGUUUUCAGGCAGCACAACGUUAAACACAUUUUUCAAGGUGGUGGUUGAACACACUUGUGACCUGGUUGUUCCUCUGGGAGGUUCAGUGGUUUUGCCCUGUUUAGCUGUCGAACCCUUACCAAUGGAGGAUCUGAAGGUGGAAUGGAGAAGAUCAGGAGAUAAAUCAGAUUUAGUUUGUCAGUAUCCAGAUAAUAAGAGUCGACCAGAGGACCAGCAGCAGGAUUAUCAUGAUAGAGCUCAUUUCUUUACUGACCAGAUUCAACAUGGAAACUUCUCCCUCCUGUUGAACAAUGUGACAGCUGAAGAUGAGGGACAAUAUGAAUGUAAAGUUUUCAGUGGGCAGAGAUAUCUGUUUUCAGUCAGCACACUUUUGGUACCGAGACUACUUGAUUCAGUCCUCCGUCUUCAUGUGUUUCUGGUCUUCUGUCCAAAUAUCAUCAUGUUUUGUGCUUUUGUCCUCUGGGGUGUUUCUGAAGGAUCUGUGAACGAGACAGUCUUGUGUUGUGUUCUUUAUUUACUGAGACCUCUAAUGUUGCUCUGGGCCGCUCCAGAUAUUAAAGUCUUCACAGGGAAAAUUUACAGAUUUAUUAAUAGUUGGAGUUGUGAUUCAGAAUAUUUUAUAUUCUCAACUGUUGUUUAUUCAGUUCUGUUUAAAUCUGCUUUGGACAAAGGUUUGAGUUACGCAGGAUUUGAAGGAGUCGUGAUAAUUGUUCUCUUUGUGAUAGUGCUGCUGUUGAGCCUCUUCUAUUUCAUUUCCAUGUUUGCUGUAAUCACUGGAAAGUUAAGUGAACGGAUAAAGACUAUAUUUGGUGUUCUGGCUGGUAUAAGCUUUAAUCUUCUGCCUUCAUUACAAUUCGUCCUCCUGAUCUACGCUUUUGGAGGUGCCAGAGGAGGAUUCUUCAUUGUUGCAGUUUUGCCAGUGUUGACAACAGUGACACGAUAUAACUGGAAUGUCACAUGUGGGGAAAAAAUCGGCUGUUCACCUUUGGUCAGAAGAUCAGUGUGGCUCGUGUUAAUGUCAUUAAUGAAUGCAGUAAUGAUCUAUUUCUGCAUCACAGCACUCGCAAAUGAAACAGAUUCUGUGGGAUGGGGAUGUUUGAUCGGGUUUCUGCAGUUACUCUGGACAGUUAUGAACUUCACAUAUUCAUUUGCUGAUUGGGAUCUCCCCCGUCUUGUCCCUGUGUACCUGUUUGGAUCAGUUGGUGUUGUUUUAAUAAGCGCUGUUUCACUGAUGACAGAACUGAUACUGAAGACAGUUAAUGGUGAGCGUGCAGUCGGAGAUCUGAGAAUUGUUGUUUUUUCAUGUGAAAGUUUCUUGACAUUUUUCCUGCUGAUUUUACUCGUAUUUAAACCCUGGAUCAAAACCUGUCUGCAGUCAUGUCAGAAUGCAGCAAGAGCAAGAACUAAUCGAACUCAAGACGCCAGAUCAAACCAGAACGAGAACCAAAGUUCUCAAGUGAGUAUUUUAUAAAUAAAGUUUAAUUAAGUUUAUCAACAGUUUUAUUGACUUUAGGGAAUAAUUCACCCAAAAGUGAAAAUUCUCUCAUUUAUUCA